AUGGAUGAUAAUAUUAAAAGAAAAAUCUUAAACGAGUCUUAUACGACUCCUUACUCAGUUCACCCGGGAACAACGAAGAUAUGUUUAACUUGUCAACAAGUGAAAGCUGAACACCAGAGGCCUGCAGGGUUGCUACAGCUACUGAAUCUUCCAGAGUGGAAAUGGGAAGACAUUUCCAUGGACUUCGUGGUUGGAUUGCUUAGGACCACGGGACAAAAAAUUGUUCGUCUCCAUGGUGUCCAAAAGCUCAUUGUUUCUGAUAGGGAUCGUAAAUUCACAUCAAGAUUCUGGGAGAGUUUACAUCGAGCCAUGGGUACUCAGUUGAAAUUCAGUACGACAUUUCAUCCUCAAACGGAUGGACAGUCCGAGAGGACCAUUCAGAUUUUAGAGGAUAUGCUUCGGGCAUUGGGUGAAAGAAAGUUCCUAGGUCCUAAAGCUGUUUUGAGAACAAGUGAGACAGUUGAUAAAAUUAGAGCGCGAAUGCUCGUGGCUCAAAGCAGACAGAAGAUUUAUGCUGAUCCAAAGCGUCAGAACAUUGAUUUUCAUAUCAGAGAUAUGGUAUUUCUCCGAGUAUCGUCUAUGAAAGGCAUCAAGCGCUUUGGUAAGAAAGGAAAGCUUAGCGCGAGGUUCAAUAGACCUUUCGAGAUCCUUGAAAGGAUAGGGCAAAGUAGCGUGCAGAAGUAUGUCUUAGACCCGUCCCAUAUUCUGAGUUAUGAAGCAUUGGAACUUCAACCAGAUCUAUCAUACGAGGAACAACUGGUUCAAGUACUUGAUAGAAGAGAAAAAGUCGUGAGAAACAAGACAAUUGCACUGAUAAAGGUAUUAUGGAAGAACAGUAAAGUGGAAGAGGCAACCUGGGAACUCGAGACGUAUAUGCAGAAGAAAUAUCCGGAGUUGUUUAGGAAAUGUGUGACUAGGACUAUCGACGCUUUCUCAGGAACACUAGAGGAUUUGGAAUCUCCCCAUUUGCGGGACAUCAACUAA